AUGCAAGACGGCUCAACCCGCCAGCUGGAGGCCACGGCAAUCUCCGGAUCAAAAUGCGGCGUUGUCAAAUUCACGUGCAUAAACUUAUUUCUGGGAAUGGGCGGGUAUUUGUCUUCUAGCUCUACAGAUUCGUCUCCUACAUAUUUCGAUUUGUACGCUGAACUUGAGAAAACCAGAAUAGAGCGUCAGUUAGCUAUUCAGCAGCUUUUAGAACAUCGUAGGAGAGCGUACAAGUUAGCUGAAGAACGAGAGAAGCUCAAAUGGUCUGCAUCAGGCGGUGGUGUAAUGAUGAUAUUCUGUCUCUUUUCAUGGUUUCAUCACAAGAACAUGCUACAUCUUUUGCCAAUAUUUCCCACUUUGUCGUAUUUGGGAUAUGAGACGCAUUAUUGUUAUGGAAACAAGGCAGCCCUCAUUGACAGAGUAGCAAAUCAAAUUCGGGAGGAGAACAUUGAUGAACUAGUACCAAACACGAUUUCUGUACAGGACAGUUCCUCGUUCAAUAAGUCUUAUGGGAUGGGACAAACUACUUCUCAACGAGUUCCCGAACAAAGAGCGGCAGAGCUUAAAUUGCUCAACGAUGACUUUAUUGAAGCUGAAAUAAUGUUGAAGAAUCUUCAAUUCGCUCAAGAACGUGCAACGAAGUUUGUGAGACUGCAAGAUCUCUUUACUUUCGAGUUCGGUGCUGCUGCUACAGUAACGUGUAUUUUGGUUGCAGCGGGUGCCAUCUACAAGAGAAAGGAUUUCGCUAUCCCUAUUGCACCGCUUAUUAUGGGGUUGGGAUAUAGAUAUGAUAACGCAUUUGGAGAGAAACAUGAGGUAGUGAGAGAAGAUGCUGAAACUCUGCUGAAGGCAAAUGAUGAGAGGUUGAAAGUGGUUGGAGGCCCGUUGACACUUAAAGAAGUUGAUGCAUACCGAGAACGACAUUUCCAAUGA